AGUUAUUUCAGCUAACAGCAACCAAUCAGUGGAGCAAAGCGAACAAAAGCAGUGGUUUUUCGCGAAAAUCACCGCCGUCACAACAAAUACAGCUCGAAUAUGCCGUUGUUGGGUUGAAAAAAAAGUCAAAUUGCGUCUAAUAGGUGCAUCACUUUGACAAAGUAAUUUUGAAACGAAGGAUUAACGUUCAAAAUCGAACGACGCACAUAUUUAUGUUAGGAAUAAUUGGGUGCCGUAACUAAGCGGCUGUCUUCGGGAGGUGCUAAAAAUACGUGGAGAAAUUAUUGAUAAAGAGUGGUUUUAUUGCUAAGCGGGCUCUUACCGAUAACGAGAAUCAAAACUGAUUCAGAUAGUGGACAAAACAUGUGAAGAUAAUGUGGAAAAAGUGAUUUGCAGUUAUAGGAAUAAAUUUGCUGCAGUUAGAAAAAUUAAGGAAAAAAGUUUACUUAAAAUUGAAAAAAAAAACAAAAAAUUAGAAAAACUCGAAUUGAAAAUGGUUCGUAUUCGUCGAAAAUUUGUGUUUAUUCUGUCCGGUAUUGUCCUUUUCAUUUUCCUGCUACUGUAUGUAAUUUUGAACCAUUCGAUUUCGAUGGAGAAACCGAGCACGAAUUUCCUUCAGCUGGAGGACAAAAUCAAGCAACUGGAGACAGGUCUGAACAAGCACCGGCGUGAAUUCGGCGCUAUGAAGCAGCAGUUCGACACGAUUCGAUCUAAGAACGGUGGGCAACCACAGAACCAAGUCGAAGGCGAGGAGUACGGUGAGGAAUCCAAUCUGGACAAGAUCCCAGCCGUAGCGGCUCCACAUUUGGGAAAUCGUGAAAUGAUAAAAGACUCGGUAAUAAGUGCUAAUCGUGACACGGGGGGAAGUUGUUCCCUGCGGACAGACAUUGUUCCGCAGCCCGAUAUCCAGAUGCUGGAUAUGUAUGAACGGGUGCCAUUCGAUAACAUUGACGGUGGGCCCUGGAAGCAGGGUUGGAGGGUGACAUAUGACGAGAAGGAAUGGAACCAGCACCACAAGCUGAAGGUGUUCGUGGUACCUCAUUCCCACAAUGACCCCGGCUGGAUCCAUACCUUCGAUGAGUAUUACGAACGACAGACGAAACAUAUUUUUGCCAAUAUGCUUCGUCAUUUAGAGGAAAAUCCUGGACUUAAGUUCAUAUGGGCCGAGAUAAGCUAUUUUGCGAAGUGGUACGACAAUUUGGCCCCUUCACAGAAGGAUCUGGUGAAAAAAUUAAUAAAAAAUCACCAGCUUGAAUUUGUCACCGGUGGUUGGGUUAUGACGGAUGAAGCGAAUUCGCACUGGUAUUCGAUACUUUUGCAGCUUACCGAAGGUCAAACAUGGUUGAAAACUCGACUGAACGUGACUCCCACAUCAUCUUGGGCUAUCGAUCCAUUCGGUCAAUCAUCCGCAAUGCCAUUCAUUCUGAAGAACUCGGGUUUCGAAAAUCUGCUGAUUCAACGAACGCAUUAUAUAGUGAAGAAAAAUCUCGCCCUCAAACAGCAGCUCGAGUUUCGAUGGCGUCAGUUGUGGGACACUCAGGGUGACACGGACCUUCUGACCCAUAUGAUGCCAUUCUACUCGUACGACGUUCCGCAUACGUGCGGACCGGAUCCGAAAGUUUGCUGUCAGUUUGAUUUCAAGCGCUUGCCCAAUUUCGGUGUGUCUUGUCCCUGGCGUAUUCCACCCCAACCGAUAACCGAUGAUAACGUGGCGAGGAAGGCCGAGCUGAUAGUGGACCAGUGGCGGAAGAAAUCGGUACUUUAUAAAACACGAAAUGUGCUCAUUCCACUGGGGGAUGAUUUUCGGUACACGCAGAGCAAAGAGUGGGAGGCCCAACGGAUGAACUACGAAAAAUUGUUUGAAUACAUCAACAAUGAUCCUUCACUUAAUGUGGAAGCCAAGUUCGGUACUCUGCAGGAUUAUUUCGAUUCAAUCAGAAGAAGCUUUAAGGAGGAGGACUUCCCUUCAUUGAGUGGCGACUUCUUUACAUACGCUGACGUGAACGAGGACUACUGGAGCGGGUACUACACUUCGCGACCGUACCACAAGCGACAGGACCGAAUUCUGAUGAAUCAUAUACGAUCAGCAGAAAUGCUUCACGCGUGGAGCAUAUGGGAUGAGGAGUUUGACAUGGAUCGAAAGUUGGAAUAUGCAAGACAGCAGCUGUCGCUAUUCCAACACCAUGAUGGCAUUACCGGAACAGCUAAAGAUGACGUGGUAGCCGAUUACGCCAAGCGGAUGGCGAAGGCUUUGGAAGAGUGCAAGUUUGUCAUGCAGCAUGCAGUUUAUAGGUUGCUGACCACAGCGAAUGUCUACCAGGGUGAUCCAAAGUUCUCCUAUCUUACCGUUGACGAUUCCAGAAGUGUGGAUGGAACGGAUUCAACCCGACCGACGAUCAUAAUUGGCGAUGAACUGCCCAUCAAACACGUCGUUGUGCAUAAUUCCCUUCCUUUCCAGCGUGUGGAGCUCGUCGAGGUCUACAUUGGGAAACCAUUCGUUACUGUGCAGGAUUCACGCGACGGUCGCACCGUUCCCGCCCAAAUCGCACCCGUUUGGUACUGGCACACCAGACCGGAUGGCACCAGCACACCACAGGCGUCGAAUACGAAAUAUCGCUUAUUGUUCCGGGCCACGGUGCCACCGCUUGGUUUGGCAGUGUAUACCGUAAACUCUCGGAAUCGAGUUGAGGACAGUGACGGCGUUUCGUUCGCUAAAAUCACAAUCCUCUCGCAUACGCCUUUCUCGGAUAAUCUGCAGUCUGGUUAUCCGGUGGAGGUAGAAUUCGGUGAUCCGCGAGAGGUGUCGCUGAAAGUUGGUGACGGUCCAAGCGCGGCUUUCAAUUCGAAUGGACUGCUUAAAUCGGUGACCAUUGAUCGUAGUACGGUUCCGGUGCAUUUGGAUUUCCUCAAGUACGGAAUGAGAUUCACUUCCGGGAAGAGCGGUGCCUAUCUGUUCCAUCCGGAUGGUCCGGCCACCAAGCUUCGACUUGGUGAUCCGGUCGUUUUGAUUGUUAAAGGGCCGCUGGAGGCUAGUGUGACUACCGGGUUGCCGUUCGCAAACCAUCAAACGAUCCUCCGCGGAGAGGGAAUUGAGAUUGGGAACUUGGUGGAAAUAGGCAAUCGAGAAAACACUGAAAUCGUAAUGCGAAUUUCCACCACUAUCAACAGUGGGGAAUACUUUUACACUGAUCUCAACGGAAUGCAGAUUAUUAAGCGGAAAAGAUUCGACACGUUGCCGCUGCAGGCGAACUAUUAUCCAGUGCCGUCGGCAAUGUUUAUACAAGAUGAUAAUUUGAGAUUGACACUCUUGAGCGCGCAACCACUGGGUGGGUCAUCGCUGAAGACAGGGGAAAUCGAAAUUAUGCAGGAUCGUCGGUUAACCCAAGACGAUGACCGCGGUCUUGGUCAGGGUGUUCUUGACAACCUCCCGGUGCUUCAUCUGUUCCGGCUGGUGUUGGAAAGUCGUGAAUCGUGCACCAAGCUUGACCCGGGCUAUCCGGCUGGUUUUCUAACGAGUGCUGCAUACGGUGAGCUAAGAUCCCUGUUGCAUCCACUGGAGAAACUGAUAUUCAACGAGAACGAAUGGAUCGGACUUCUCCCAAGUUUUGGCGCUAAUCAUGAACCUUUAGAAAAGGGGUUGGAGGUGGUUGCGAUGAGGAAUCUGCCCCAUCUGCGAGCUGGGAGAGACAAAAAGUCUACCAUUGGGUUGGUGGUGCAUCGGACGAACUUUGAGGACUGUGGCUCGGAGGCGAAUGGCGAAGGAAGCCUUAACAUCAAAAAAAUGCUUGGCCUUGAUGAUCUUCAAGAAAUUCACAGCUCCCUGUUGACGCUGCUUCGAAAGCAGGAGCAUGUGUCCUCCGACGACAUUAGUCUGUGUCCGAUGGAUGCGAGAGGUUUUAUCAUCCAUCGAUAAAUGGGUUUGUUGCACCGGAAAAAGCCAGUGCCACCAUAAAGGUUCAAUCUAUUUUUGUGCGAUUUAUUUAUUUUAGUGACAAAAGCAUACAUACCUAGGCCAGUUUGCUGACAUUUUACCUGAUCAAAGUAACUCGAGUUAGAUGUGUGUGUGUGUGUGUGUGUGUGUGUGCGUGGGUGCACGAUAAUCAGAUUUGAAUGCGAAAAUUGCCGAUUGAACAUGUGAUAUUAUGAUGUAUGUUUGUUGAAUCUGUACGAAUGUUGCAUUCGUACAGGUCGAAUGUCUGAUUGGGAUAUUCUUUUUCUAUUAAUCUCAUAAGUACAAAAACACUGUAAAAUGUGAACAAAAUUGGACCCAGAAGCAAGAUCAGAAAAGUAAAUAAUAUGUGAAUGAAUAAUUAACAAAUUCACAACCACGUACGCAUAAUGGCACACCCAUACUUAAGAAGAUUGUGUACUACACAAAAA